GAGAAGGGCAACCCGUGGCCCCUGAUUACUGCGGCCUUAGCUUCCCUGAUGUACCAGGCUGCGAUCGAGGUGGACUCUGGACGGUCAUUGAACGCACAGGAGUUGCGAGCCUGGCAGGCGGCACUCAAUGCCGACUCUUACACUUUCACGGGAUCUGUUAGCGACUUUGUCGCUGCAGGAGACUCCAUACUGACUCGCAUCCGCAAGCACAUCAGUGAUGAGGAUGGUAUGCACGUCUACGAGCAGAUCGACCGGAACACCGGGAAGCAGUACAAUGCCAAGGACCUGACCUGGAGCUACGCUGAGAUCCUGACAGCUCUGGCCCUGCGGCGGACGGUGACAUCCGAGACUUCGAAGACCUUGGUUUUGCAUGUUUAA